UUCCCUUCCAUUCUCGUCGAAGUGGGUACAGUCCAAGGAAGCCGCGAGGUUCGCGGGGGCGAAGAGAGGUCGGCGCGAUUCGGAGAUGGGCAAGGGCGGCGAGCUGUGGGACGACUCCGCGCUGGUGGACGCCUUCGACCGCGCCGUCGCCACCUACAAGGAAAUGCAUGGCAAGAGUAACCGAGCAACGCCAUGUGAGGAUGAAAAGCCAGAACAUGCUGCUGCUGCUGCUGCUGCUGCUGCUGCCACUGCACAAGUAGAGGAAGCCGUCACUGCUGAAACAGCGGAUGAGCACAGAGAGAAAGAUGCCAACCGUGAUAACACAGCCUGUGGUAUGGCGGAGACACCACAGCUGCCCUCUGAAGAAAAACAAGCAGUUGAGCAAGCUCCUCUUCAAGAAACUGAUCCAGGCAAAGAGACACAUGUUCCAGAGUCUAAGGCAAUCUCAGAUGCUACAGAUGCUGAUGGAAAUGUCAGCUCAAGCCAGCAAACAUGGGAGUACAACGAAUUGCUCAGACAGUACUAUGAGCUUGAGGAGAAGAGUCGGAAUGUUCUUCAGCAACUCCAACAAGCGAACUACUGGAAUUAUCAAGCAUCAGGAUAUUCUUCUACAACCCAACAGCAGCAAAUUCCUGCCUAUAGUGCCACAGCUCCAGAUCCUCACUCUUCAACCACUCAAUCCUCAUGCUGCUACUGGAAUGUGCCCCUGGUAUCUGUCUCCUGCUGUUCAGCUGGCCAACCAAGUGAAGGUUCUGCUAGUAUGCCACCUAGUGGUGGCUGCAGCGUAUCAUUGACUUGUGACCAGUGCCCUGGUGCAAGCACCACAUACCCUAGCAUUUCAAACUCCAUGCAGCUCCCAACAAAGUUAUCUCCCAAUGAUGAUCAAGUUGCCAAGGCUGCAAUGAUGACCGCUGAAGGUGCCUUGAAUUUUAUGAGAAGUACAGUGGCUGGACAGCCUGGCUCCCAAGGAAACGAGUCAGAAACUAGAAAGGAGGAAAACACAAGUAUGGGCAUGAACCCGAACCUUGACAUAACUGGAGCAGAUAGUGAUCUUGCCACUCUCUUAAAUGCAUGGUAUGCGGCUGGGUUCUACACUGGCAGGUACCUCGCGCUCCAAUCUACGAAAAAUUCAAAACAAUAGUUUAUGAGGAGGGCCAUGGUGUGGUAGAUUUCUAAAAAAAAAAUGUCAGUUAUUGUUUCACCCAUGUUGCCAGUGCGGCAAUGCCCCCUACGGAUGAAUGUAUCUACUCAAUUUGUUAUGUAACUGGACAUUCCGAUGGAGCCGUGCUGUUUUGCGCUUACUAGUGCUUUUUCAUGCUAGAAUCACGGUAUGCUCAUGUAUGAACCUGUUGUUAUUUGACAGAAAAGGCGGUGAAACGAGUAAUUGCCUCAGUUUUCUAGCCCUCAUGUAUAAGAACUGGUAGCAUUGUGAAA